UUAAUAGAUUUAUAAAUGCAUUUCUCGUAUAUUUUCUAAAUAUUAUGAAAAUAAAUUGUUAGGCGAAAUAUUGACACUGUCGUGAUAAUAAAAAUGGAUUUGUAUGGAAAAGAUAAGGGCAAUGUCAGUUUACCAUCGCGUCUUCAGUCGCGCGAUUUUAAGGAAACCAAGCUGAAAGAUAUCAUUAUUAACACGCAAAAAUGUUUGUAUGAUUUAAAAAUUGCAGAAUCAAAUAAAAGAAUUCAAAGAUUAGAAGAACGGAAUAAGGAAUUAGAGAAUACUUUAGAAGAUACAGAUGAUUCCAUCAAAACUUUGCAAGAAGAGAAAGGGAAAGAAAUAUCUAGUUUAAACUCACAAAUAACUUCUUAUACAGUCAGGACAGAGGAGUAUAAGAAUCAAUUAGCUGCUCUUGAAAAAUCAAGGAUUAAUGAUAAAUUCACUCACACUGAAAAAACUAAAAAUAUUGAUGAAAAAUAUAAAAACAAACGACUCAUGCUCAUUUCACAAAUCAAGCUCUUGAGCGCUAAAACUAAUGUUUUGGAAGAUUACAAGUCAAUGCAACAUAUCCUGGAAAAAAAAUUGAAUAUGAAAAAUCAAUAUUUAAUUCAUCAAAAAGAACAGGUAGCAGAGAGCUUGCGUCAAAUUGAACACAAAUUCAGGAUUGACAGAGAAAAACUCAAAAAAAACUUAUAUAAUUGUCUCGUGGAUCUGGCUAGUGCGUUUCAACUUAAAGUAGGCCAACAUAUGCCACAUUCUAUAGCCAAGUUAUUGUCAGAAAAUAUAGCUAUAAGCAAUCAAUUAUCAAUGAUUGUGGAAGGCAUAAUUCCUAAAAAACAAGAUUGCAUCUUAUAUGAUAAUGAAAAAGGAAAAUAUAAAAACAAAAUCAACAAUGCGCACUUGAAUGCAAAGCGAUCCAUAGUAAUCGCCAAAUUAGAAAAAUCCACAAUUGCUAUGUUACGUCAAAUGCACAAUAAAACAGAUAAUAAAUUAUCCAAAAUAAUCAAAUUCAAUCAUCUUACGGAAGAGCAAUACGUGGUGAACAAAGACAAUGCUAAGAUUAAAGCACAAAAGUGUGAGAUGUAUGUAAAACAGUUGGAAAUUUUGCUUUAUUGCGAGAAAGAGAAACUCGCUAUUGCUAAAUAUCAGAAGCAGUGUGUAUCUGAUCAAUUACAAGCAUAUUUACAGAUGCUCUAUGAUGUUAAAUAUGUACUAAUAAAUCUUAAAACUGAAUAAAAAAUGUGCAAUUAUAAAUGACAAAAAUAAAGCU